AUGACAAACCCCGAAACUUCCCGGGUGACGCAAUUCACCAAGAAUCUUUCUCUGUUUCUUCUCAGCUUCAUCUUCCUGCCGACAAACCUCUUGUUCGCGUUGACUGCUUUCCUAUGGAACCGGUUAACCUCGAAACCUCCUACUCCGACAUCCCAUAGCCAAAAUGAUCAAGAUAAUUUGGACAAGACCACGAUCCUCGUCACGGGCGUCAAUAUGGCAAAGGGAUUGUCCUUAGCACGAAUGUUCCAUCGUCGCGGCCAUCGCGUCAUCGGCGCAGACUGCUACUCCCUCUCUCCCGGUCGCGUUUCCCGUGCAAUCGAUGUCUACUACCGUCUUCCCGUUCCCUCAGAUCCUUCAACGAUGUCCUUGGACGACCCCUACCUGAACCGAAUCACGGAAAUCAUCAAACACGAGGAUGUUGAUCUUUGGGUGUCAGUCUCUGACGUCAAUGCCGCGAUUGAGGAUGCUGCCGUCAAAGAGAUUAUUGAAGCCCGCACAAGCGCCAAAGCGAUCCAAUUCGGUAUCCAAGAUAUUCGCAGACUACAUGAGAAGGAUGCUUUCAUUGAGCACACAAAGUCUUUAGGUCUGACGGUGCCGCAUACUGAGGCUGUACAAGAUAAGGAGGAUGUCAUCAACUUCCUACAACGCAAUGGCGGUCUUGAACUAAAGCCUGGCGCGAGACAAUAUCUUGUCAAGCCCGUUGGUGUAGACGACGUUGCCCGCUUCACGAUGCCUCUCCUUCCUCUGUCUUCCGAAGACGCUACCCUGGCGCGCAUCGACACCAUCCCAUUCGAUACGGCCAAAUGCUCCUUCAUCAUCCAAGAGUACAUUACCGGUCCAGAAUUCUGCACGCACGCACUUAUUAUCCGAGGUCGCGUGUGCGCUUUUGUCGCGUGCCGUUCUGCAGAUGUUCUUAUGCAUUACUCUGCUCUCCCUGCCGACUCUCCGCUUAGCAAGGCUAUGCUCGACUUCACACUCAAGCAGGCUGAGGAGGGUGGCGAGAACUUUACUGGGCACAUGAGCUUUGACUUUUUGAUUAACCAGGAAGAUGAAGAUGGUACUCGAUCUGGCGCCGAGAAAGACGUUACGAUAUACCCUAUUGAGUGCAACCCCAGAGUCCACACAGCGACAGUUUUGUUUAACAAUACCCCCGAGAUUGUCGACGAGUACCUUUCUGUCCUAUCAUCCUCUUCUGAGCGUAGAUCGCUUUCAAAGCCCCCUCUGUACCCCAUCAAUCCUCAAGACUACUACUGGGUCAGUCAAGAUCUUAUCGAGCUUGUUCUCUGUCCAUUCUACCACACUCUUUUCCGAGGAACUACGGGAUUGUCCCAUGUUUCGAAGUCUAUUCAUGCCUUUGCACAGCAUCUAAUAUACUGGAAGGAUGGUACCUUUGAGUCUUGGGAUCCCAUGCCUUGGUUGUGGAUGAUGCAUGUCUACUGGCCUGUGCAGUUUGCCUGGUACAUGUCGACUGGGUCUGUUUGGACAAAGCUGAAUGUCAGUACUGGAAAGGCGUUCAAGGGGUGA